UAGAUAUACUUAAACAAAGUAUAAUGGAGUGGAAUGGACCAAACCACCCAUUUGUAGUUUGGGCGUCUUGUUUCCUAUGGGCUAUAUCAGUUUUUUCAAUUAUAUGGUCUUUGCUUUUAUUUUUGUGUUUAAGCGACCUGUUAUUUUUUACGGGAACGGAUUUAGUGAAUGCGCUUAUUCUACUAUCUGGAAUACUAAUGAUGCCCACAACUCUAUUUAUUUUGAAUUCUAUUGCAACUGGAAAAAAAAUAAACCACAAGGAUAAAGUUUUAUGUUGCCCAUUAUGGCUUUGCAUUGUUUGUAUAAUAAUUAUCAACGUAAUUGGUGUUAUAUUGUGCAUACAUAAAAUAUACGUAUGCCAAGAAACUACCAUGAAAUUCAUUACAAGUUGUAUGAAGAAUUAUAAAACGGUGCCAAAAUAUAAAAACUUUGUUGAUAAUCUACAGUGGACAUUUAAAUGUUGUGGGUUAGUUUCGUACAAGGAUUGGUAUAAGCAAGACUGGCAUGAUAAAGUAAGUGAAUACGAAUUGGAGCCGUCGACUAUUAAGCAAAGGGAAGCAAAGAAUGUCAAUGAAGUGGAUAGUGUUCCUUUAAGUUGUUGUAAAAGUGGAUCUUGUGUAUCAAGUUAUCUGAAAGAGUUAGGAACUCAUUCAAUAAAUACGAGCGGAUGUGGUCAAAUUUUGUACCGCAUUAUUAUGAUUUCCGUGAAUGCUCACCUUAUGAUGUUUGUCUCAGUAAUACUUCUAGAGGUAAUUGAACUGAUCCUUUUCCUAUAUAAAUCAACUAUAAUAAUAGACGGACGAAAAAGUAUGCUUGAUAAUUUAAGGAAUUAUAAAAACGUAAGUCAUAUUAUGUCGGUGAAUGAAAAUUUUGAUGCCUCAAGUGGAUCAUAUCAAUAUAUUGCUCAAGACAGUGAUGAUGCGGUACAAUAUGAAAAAUCUCUCAAUGAUAACGAUUAUUAGUCAAAUUUCAUAUAUU